AUGUCAAAUGCUUGUGAAAACUGUGAAAAUGGAAUUUGGAAGGAAGCUUUGGACUGGUAUUACCAAAAGGAGGGUUCCUAUGGGUUUUUAAGUAAUUGUUUUUUGAAGGGAUCUCGGGAGAAGAAGAAUGAAAGAAUAUGUCAAGCUCUUUCUCCUAUAAAUAAUACUUUAAAUGACCUUUUACGUGAUAAGAAUGAAUUAACAAAACUAUCGAAAUUAUACUGUUUUAGAGAAAGUUCUGGAGAUAUUCUGGAACAAUUGAAACACCACGGAAAUCCACAAUAUAAACAUGCUUGUGAAUUUGUUAAUGAGUGUCUUGAUAUAUUUCGAGAAUUAAAGGAAAAACAUUGUCGAGGGAAAACCUUUAAAGUUAAAACCGGCUUAGAUAGAAACUCUUCAGAUUCUAGUUCCAAUACUGUAUGUUAUCAAUUAGAAGAAUUUUUGGACAAAUAUGAAACGGUUCUUUAUAAGGAUCUAGAAGGACGAGGAUAUAAGCACAAUAAAAUGUCAUCCCUAGAGCAGCACCCAGACGCAGCUCGAGUCCGAUGUAACCUAGGCGAAGACUUGUACUACACUCCAUUCUUUAACAUAUUCAAAUAUAACAGUCGUCGGCUUACCCCCUUUGGAAGUAUCGUUUUUCUAAUUUUUUCCAUGCUUUUGAUGAUCCUGAUGAUGCAUAUUCUGGUUAAGUUCACCCCUAUUGGAGAUAGGAUCCACCCUCGAAGGGCCCACGUCAGAAGAAAAUGGAGAGACAUACAAGCCGAAAUUUACUACCCGAAUAGUAUGGGCUACUAUGGUGAUGGUAGUACGUAUAGUGACAAUAGUAGGUUUGGUGAAAGUAGUACGUCUGAUGGAAGUAGUAUGUCUAAUGAAGGUAGUACGUUUUAUUAUAGUGCUCCUGAUGGAAGUAGCAUGUCUAAUGAAGGUAGUACCUUUUAUUAUAGUACGUCUGAUGGGAGUAUUAGUAGCUUCGGGGAGAGUAAUGAAUCCGAUGGGAAUACUAGGUUUGAUGAAACCAGCACGUUUGAUGGGAGUAGCAUGUCUGAUUCCAGAAGUAGGUUUUAUUAUAGUUCGGAUGAUGACGGCUCGACGUCCACAGAUGGCAGUUUUACUAUUACUUACCGAUCAGCCAGGCGUUAG